AUGGGCAAUUACAUUUCUUGCACCAUGUUAGGGCCGAUUGGCGGGCGAGGUAGAUGCGCGACGGUGAUUCUCCCGGCGGGCGAGAUUCGACGCUUUUACGAACCGGUAAACGCAGCAGAGGUGAUGCUGGAGCACUGCCCCGGCCAUUUUCUCGUGAACACCAAGUCCCUGCACGACGGCCGGAGAUUUUGUCCGUUGGGUGCGGUGGAGGAGCUCGAGGUGGGCAACGCGUACGCCGCCUUCGCGAUGAAACGGGUGAGUUCCUUGGUGACGGCGGCGGAUAUGGGCGCGUUGUUCCUUGCGGCGGCGGCGAAAAACAGAAGGGCGGCGGGUCGAGGAAGUGCCAAGGUUUUGCCGGCUGAUUGCACGGAGGGCUUGGAUGAGGGUUUAGUGGGUAGCUUGCCGAAGUUGAAAUUGGAUGACAUUGAAGAUUUCUCGGCCCCGGAUUUGAAGCGCAGGCUUUCAAUGUGCAGAUCGAAGAAGCCUUUGUUGGAGACUAUUGCUGAAUGA